AUGUGCCUGUGCGUGUUGUGCGUGUGUACGGGGAGAGAGAGUCCGUGCGUGACCUUGGAACACACCACCAUCACCGGCGCUGAGUCGCCACCGCCGCCGCGCUCUGCGCAAACCCCUGCCACCCGCUGCUGCUGCUGUACCUCAAGACGUCGACCACAGCACCUGCCCCGAACGUCGUCAGCUGAUGCUGACACAUCGGAACAUCGUCAGUGGAAGGUAGCUGGGUGA